CCCUCCAAAGCAAAACAGCUCUUGGGCUCCCGGCAGCCUUCCUGUGCCAGAAAGCGGAGCCCAGCGGAAAUUAACAUCGCGCUGGACUUAGGCAGCCCACCCCACGCCUCGCCGGCAUGGACAGAAAGCUCCUGCGCUCUGCCGCCAGCCUUGCUGCCGCCUGGACCAUGGGUGGGGACCCCCCGGUGCCGGUGAGCCGCCCAUCACCCCCAGACCCGCGGGGCUGAGCUCUUCUUCCCGGCCUGAUCCAGCGGGCCGGGGUGAGCCACAGUUCAGUAUUUGAUCUGACGGCCCCGGGGGGCUGGCGCAUCGUUUUUAUUUGAGUACAAAGAGUCAUCUCUUAAUGAAAGUCCCAUCCCGGCUCCCCCUCUUCCCCACUCCACCGGCGGAGGCAGCCAAACCUCCGCCAUCCGGCUGUAGAUGUUGGGAGCCCGUGGUCACAAAGGACAGCAAGCUUGGAGACCAACAUGGAGGCUUGGAUCCCUGUGUGGUCAUCAUGGGAUGGGACUGGACAGAUUUUCUGGUCACUUUCCACGUGGGCCUCACUUUCCCCAUCUGUGGAGGACCUGUGCCAGGCAAGCUCCACGAUGCUUCCCUAGCUGCCUCAUCCUUUUGCAGAGGUCCAUGUGAAUCAUGCAGCAAAGGGAAACUGAGCUGCUGGGAGCAAAGGGAGAUGGGUUCUCCCUGGCAGGAGUGUGGGCUUGCCUCAGUUUCCCUGCUGGAAGUUCGCUCUCCAGGCUAUUCCUCUCUGUUGAGCUGUUCAACCUUUAAACCUCCAGCCAAAGCAUAAGGGCACCUUUUCCAGGCAGUGUGAGAGGGCAUGUCCUCUCCAAGCCCAGCUGGGGUCUGGUGGGCAGGAGAUCCAGGCAGCUGGGGAGCCUGACAUGAGGCAGGGGGAUCCUGGCAGGGCCUUGAGCUUCAAGGGGCUGCUUGGAGGGGGUUUGCACUGGGGACAGGAUUGCAAGCAGAGUGCUGCAGCCUGGUGUCCCAAACACAGCCCCCCAGCUGCUCAAGAGUGAAAAGGAAACCCAGAACACAGUUAAACACUGAGAUUCAGCUUGUGAUUUUUGAGCCCCUGGGGCUUGGCCAGACAAUAAAGCUCUGGGUUUGGAAGCUGCGCAGCUGAUGCUCUCCAGUGAGUGGGGCUGCAGGCAGCACAGGGCCGCCCAAGCACUGCUCCCCAGGGAAUCCCAGGGAAUGUAGCCUCCCAAUCAUCAGGCAUGUCCUGGUCCUGGGGUAUGCUGGCUCCAGCCCUGAGGUUCUGUGGGCACCCAUGGCCAUGAAAAUCACGUUGUUGAGCAGGAUGGGCUCUGAGCCCACAGGAGCAGUGCUGGAGGCAAGGGUGGGCUGAGUUUAGGGUGUGCUAAAUUCGUGUGGCCCAUGGCUCCAGAGUUGCCCACGGCAGAGCUGGAGCAUCACCCACGCCAGCACGAGGCAGGGUGCUGGCAGGCUGCGCAGCUGCACGAGCUGUGCCGUGGAGGGCACUCCAGGCAAAAUGUGUGGGGAAAAGUACAGGAGUUUCUGUAGCCGAUGGCACACCGGGGAGCACAGCACUGUGCUCAGACUUUGCCUUCAGGGCCAGAGAGGCAGGCACCUCACUCCAGCUGGGCUGGCAAGGAGGAGCUGCCUCUGACGUGGGCCCAGCCAAGACUUGCCCUCCCUCACUGGCAUUGGCAAAGCUGGCGAUGCCACCUGCAUCCCUCCCUUGCACUCCUGCACCCGCCUGCGGCUCCAUUCCCUGGAGUCAGUGCCUGGAUUUGGGGAGGUGAGUACAGGAUCCUGGCCAGCAGCCGAGGGGCUUUAUCAGAGGCAAGGUCACUCAUCUAGUCUCCCACGGGGUAAAGCAGCAAGCCCCCAUGGAGAGGGGGAGACAUACCAAGAAUGCUGGCUGGGCUCCUCGUUGUGUCCACAGCUCUGUGAGACGCAGCUGCAUCGGGCAUCAGUCGCAUGGCAAUGCCAGGGCUGGGUUCGGUCAGUGCCAGCCCCAAAGAGCGGAUGCUGAGUGGCACAAUAUUUCUGCCAUCUCCUGUCAGGGACACCACCAUCUCCCCCAUGGAUGUCCCCAUGGAUGUCUCCAAGGAUGCAGAGUGGUAUGUGCCAGCAUCAUCCUUUAGCCUGUCCCACGGCUGGAGAUACCCCCCGUUCCCCGAAUGGAUGGACAGGGCAAGGUAUUGCCUGGGUGACCCACCCAUACCUAUUGUCCUUCCCCCACUGCAUACAUCUCUCUGUCCCCCUGUCACCCGGGCUCAGCACGGAGCUGGCACUGCCCUGCAGCCUUGCUCCGUCCCUUGGGGUAGGUCUGGUCAUGUCCCAUCCACACCCUGGUCUCUCCUGGGCUUGGGUGCUGGUUUUGCUCUGCUCGCUGUCCCCUCCUGCAGGGCAGUGGGGAGCCCCCUGGUCAUGGACCCCAACAGCAUCUGCCGCAAGACGAAGCGGCUGGCGGGGAAGCAGGCAGAGCUGUGCCAGCUGGAGCCAGAGAUUGUGCAGGAGGUGGCCAAGGGCACCAAGCUGGGCGUCCGGGAGUGCCAGUACCAAUUCCGCUUCCGCCGCUGGAACUGCACCAGCCACAGCAAGUACUUCGGCAAGAUCCUGCAGCAGGAUAUCCGUGAAACAGCCUUCGUGUAUGCCAUCACGGCGGCUGGAGUGAGCCAUGCCAUCACGCAGGCCUGCAGCAUGGGCGAGCUGCUGCAGUGUGGCUGUGAGCUGACACGGAGCCGGGCCCCCCCCUCGCCCACGGCGGGGCCAGGCAUGGAGGGCACCGCCUGGGAGUGGGGGGGCUGUGGGGAUGAUGUGCAGUUUGGCUACGAGAAAUCCCAGCAGUUUAUGGAUGCCAAGAACAAGAAAGGCAAAAAUGACAUCCGAGCUCUUAUCGACCUGCACAACAACGAAGCCGGGCGCUUGGCGGUGCGCAGCUACAUGAGGACAGAGUGCAAAUGCCACGGGCUGUCGGGCUCCUGCACCCUGCGGACCUGCUGGAGGAAGAUGCCCCAUUUCCGCGAGGUGGGGGAUCGCCUGCUCGAGCGCUUCAAUGGGGCUUUCAAGGUGAUGGGAGGCAAUGACGGCAAAACCCUCAUCCCUGUGGGCGACAACAUCAAGCCUCCCGAUAAACAGGACCUCAUCUACUCGGCCGACUCACCCGAUUUCUGCUCGGCUAAUCGUAAGACAGGCUCGCUGGGUACCAGGGGCCGUGUCUGCAACAGCACAGCCAUGGACACGAGUGGGUGUGACCUGCUGUGCUGCGGGAGAGGGCACCGUGACGAGACGGUGGUGUUGGAGGAGAACUGCCUUUGCCGCUUCCACUGGUGCUGCGUGGUGCAGUGCCGCAAGUGCUCCGUCCGCCAGGAGCUCAGCCUCUGCAUCUGACAGCCUGGGGUCAGCCGAGGACAAUUUGGGAGGCCACCUCCAGGCUCACGAGGCCCCUCUGGGACAGAGACAGGUGGAGCCAGUGGCAGGGUCAGCGUGGGUGAGCUCAGCUCUGCGCUCUAGGGAGUCCUGGCUUCUCCAGAGGGCAGCAUGGGGCUGCCCGGCACCCCCAUGACCCCCGUGGUGGGAGCUGUGGGCACAGAGCUUCCACUAAUAAAGCUAUUUAAAGCUGGUGUGCCACAGCGCUUCCUGGGGAGGGCCGAGGAGCGCUGACCUCCGUACUGGAAUGGGAGUAGCCAGAGAGCUGUCUUGCCCCAGCUGUGAGUCCCAAUCAGUCACACUCCUGCCAGCCUCUGGCCCUGCUGGGACCUGUGGCAAAGUCCAGCUUAUUUUUUAUCUACUCUCUGAUUUUCUCUAUGGUUGUCAAGCCUGGGGAUGUGUGUGGAUGAGGGUGAGUACUCUCCUGCCCUGCUCUGCUGCUUCCAUUGUGUGAGUGCUCUCCUCCCAUCACCCACAGCUGUCAUUGAUUCAGGUGCCAGCUUGUGUCCCACCACCAUCUCACCUAGGAUGUUUGCAGUUCACAGUGCACUCAGUCCUCAUGCCAGAGGUACAUCUAGCUGCCCUGACACUAUGGUGUGGUGUUGUGCUGUGCCUCUAAGGGACCCUGUAUUCUUUUCACUCCAGCCACGGUCACUGCAGUCCCUGCUGCAGAGCCUGGCAUGCAGAAGCCCUGGACAGUGCCGACACUGUUGGCUCGGUGGCAUGCAAGGCAUUCACUUGGCAUGCUGUGGGCCACGUGCAGCCCCACCUGGAUGGCAGGGUGCCAGGCAUGUAUAUCUUUAUUACCUGAUCAGCCUGUGCCCCUCAUGGGCAAACACAGGGUGAGGAGCAGCCUGCCUGGCUGCCCAGCAAGGCAAGCUGCCAAGCCUCUGUUCCAGGGGCUCCAGGGAUCUCUGAGGGGGUCCCGCCCAUGCUGCAAGGAGCCCACAGGAACUGGUUUCUCCAGGGUUAACCAGCAUAGGGGUUUAGCUAACUGCAGAGUGGAAUGUGUGUGUGCAAUGCCUGCUCGGCUGGCAAUGCCCCACUGUGCUGAGGAUCCCCAGAGGGAUGUCAGCAGGGCGAGAGCCUGGGAAGAGAGGUCCACGCUCCUGUGCCCAACCUCCACGUUGCAGCAGCAGUGCUAGACACCGGGGGCUUUUCUGUUCACCCCUCUUCAAGAGAGCUCUAAGCUGAGGUAGCUGAGGUAGGCAGUGCCCCACUUGCUGGGUACUGUCAGGCAGGGUAAAAGCAGAGCUCACAGGGCUGGGCAGACUGCAAGGCAAGGGAGGCUGCAGGGGGUGCUGGAGAUGCCCACCAGUCAUUCCUCACCUGCCCCAGGCAGCCAGCAGGAAAGGGCAGGAGAAGCAGGGUGCUGGUGAACCAUUAACUUGGCCCAGCAAUCACUGUGGAGGGAGUCUCUAAAUCUGUCAGCUGCAGCUUUGCAGCUGGAAAUUCCCUUCUGACUUGGCCACAGUGGUGUUGGGAGAAGGGAGGCACACAGGGCUCCUGGAAACUCCUGCCCCACGCCCACCCAUGGGAACACGUGGGUGGGUGUGAGCAGGGAAGGGUGGGUGCAGGUGAAGGUAUCUGUGCAUGCAAGCAGCUUGGUGUGUGUGCAUGCAUGGGUAGGAUGUUUAUGCUUGUUCAUGACCAUAUGUGUGCAUGUGAGCUUGUAUAACCCAUCACUGUGUGUGUGAGCCCCUGGUAGGUGUGUAAAUUAGUUGGCCCAUGUAUUUUCCUGCAUCUCUAUGAAUACACAGAAAAUUGCCAGUGUGUGCGUGUCAGAAGAACUGCCCAUGUGAGAGCAUGUUUGCACGUCAUAUUGUGUUUCCUCAGGUGUGACUGGGACAGGGAAGACAUGUGUGAGUGCAAAAUGGCCCUCCAGGAAGGGAGCUGGAGAGCUGCAGGAGCUGUGUGCUGGAAGAUGUGUGGAACUUUUCCGUAGGCCCUGCAGGUCCUACGGAAUUGGAUGCACCUCAGCACACCUCAAGGCCUGGACUGCCUGUAAGGAGAGAUCAGUUCAGGCAGAUCCUGUGAAACUUUAGGUCAUCCCUGCUGUCCUCUGGCACCGUAGCUGAGACCACCUAUUGAGGGAUUCUGAAACCACCUGUGAGGUAUUCAGAGUCUGAGCUCCAACCUUUGGCAAGUUCCUUCUCUGGAUUCUGUCUCAGCUCCCCCACAAGGGGCUGCUUUCGUGCUCUGGGCUGCAUGGACAUGCCUUUUGACAUUUA